CUAAUCGCCAUGUUUUGGGCUUGUCGCUCCAUCCCGGGGAGCAAGGCUGCGCCUGCCCCCGCCCCACCGCUCCUGCAACAAACUCUGCUGCUUGCACCAAUGAGCGGAGGGAAGGCGGGGAGCGGAGGAGAAAGGGGCGGAGGCCGUCGCCGGAGCGGCUGCGGAGCGUCCCGACUGGGCAGGCGGGUGGUUCUGGAUCUGCGCCCUGUAGCCAGAGACGCAGUUUGUUCAUCGGGGACUCUGGGAGACUGUACAAGCACAGGCAGAGAGGAAGAGAGGGAGGGCCUUCCAUCAGUCUGCAUUGCAACAGCAAACCUCUUAUGCAAAAUACCAAACGGGACAGGAAAUGUUGGUUCGCUCUGCUGUCUCUGUGCCCUUCCCACAAACGCUUCGCUGAAACAGUUGCUGCUGCUGCUUAGAUCACUGGGUUUUUCCCCCUGCCGCUACUAGUAAGAGCAGAGGACAACAAAGACUGCAUGGACCAACAGAAACAGACUAGAAAAAGAGUGUUUCUAUAGGGUGAUGCCCAUUUGAGCAGCAGCCAUGUCGAUGUACCUGAAGCAUUUCACCGUUGUGGGAGACGAUCCCGCCCAGUGGAACAAUGACUACAAGAAAUGGGAGGAAGAGGAGACAGAGGAGGAAGCCAAGACACCAGAGAUAGCAAUUAAAGUCGAUUCUGCCCCCAGGUCCCUGACCUUCCGGGAGGUGAUGAAAAAGCUGUUCCAGUCGCACAAAUUUCAGAUCUUGGUUGUCUGCCUAGUUAUUUUGGAUGCCAUACUAGUCCUUGGGGAAUUGCUUUUGGAUUUGAAAAUCAUCCAUCCUGACAAACACGAGAUUGCACCUAAGGUGUUCCACUACCUGAGCCUUUCCAUUCUGACCCUCUUUCUGGUGGAAAUUUUCUUCAAACUCUUUGCCUAUCGGCUGGAGUUCUUCCACCACAAGUUUGAGGUUCUGGACGCCAUCGUUGUAAUCAUCUCCUUCGUUCUUGACGUGGUUCUCCUCUUCCGGGAGCACGAGUUUGAAGCCCUUGGGUUGCUGAUCCUUCUUAGACUGUGGAGAGUGGCCAGGAUUAUAAAUGGGAUAAUCUUGUCAGUGAAGACGCGGUCUGAACAGCAGAUGUCCAAGCUGAAACAAGCCAACCUGCAGCUCACCCUGAAGGUCCAGGAGAUGGAAAGUAGUAGUGCAGAGAAGGAGUUAGAAAUUGAAAGGCUUAAUGCCAUAUUGAAGCAGCAUGGGCUUGUCAGUCACCCCAGAUAGAUGCCUGGCUGCCCGUCCUGGGCUCAACGGAGCAACUUCCAGCACUGAGAAGCUAAUUUUGUUUCCAUACUGUGACAAUUUGAAUACAUUCUUUUGUACAUUUCCUGCCUUCUCUAGAGGCAUCUUCUACUCCCUAUUACCUGUUAUAUCAGUGUUGCAAAAAUAAUCCACAAACUGGAAAACCAGUUAUUCCAAUCUUUAAUUGUACAGCUGUACAGUUUUAAAAAAUAGCAAAAAUAAUUUAAUAAAGUCAAAUCUGUUUAAUGUCACAAA